AUGCAGUUCACUACUCCACUCUUUCUUCUUGUUGCUGGCGUAGCCGCCUCCCCUAUUUUAAUCAACGUUGGGGGUCUCAGCGUCGGUGUUUCUUCUUCUAGUGGUCUCGUUAGCUUGAAUUCUGCAACAACCAAGUCUUCUGAUGUUGCUACUUCUACUAAAACAACGACUACCACUGCAACUACAGUCCCGACUAUGCCUUCGUCUUUCUCAGCCCCGGUCCAAGGGAAAGGCAUCCUCACUCUUGACAACUUGCCCGCUAUGCCACCCGUCAUUGACAAGAGUCUUUCUGGUGUUCUUGGCGUUGUUUAUGGCCUUCUUUCUGGAGUUUGCAGCGCUGAUUUCAAGUGCACUAUCACCGUUGCAGGAUCUAUCCAGUCUCUACUUGUAGAUGGCGACAAGUACGCGAUGAGUAGCUCUGUAUCAGCGUGGUGCGAUCAGGGUCGGUGCUACGGCUCUGGCGAUAUCCCUCUUACUGCUACCGCUCCAUUCAUCAUCACUUGUGACCACUUGACUGGAGGCACCACCAGUGCAUGCUCGGCCACUAUUUCAGGAGCUGCUUCCGCUAUCUUCACUAACGGCAAGCAAAUAGAACUCUGGGGAUGGGUUACACCCUCUGGCUACUGCAAGGAUGGUAUUUGCGUUGCUUCUAUUAGCGCGUUUGGUGACCCAAUGUACUAA